AUGUUUUAUUCAAGUGGUUUGCCUUUUACUCUUGCAAGAAAUCCUUAUUACAUUAGUUCUUAUACUCUUGCUUCCAAUAGUCGAAUUUCAGGAUAUUUGCCUCCCAGUUACAACAAGUUGAGAACUACUCUUCUUCAAAAAGAGAAAAAAAAUGUGGAAAGAUUAUUAAAUCCAAUUAAAGGCACAUGGGCGGAAAAAGGAGUUACCAUUGUGAGUGAUGGAAGGAGUAAUCCACAAAGAAGGCCACUAAUUAAUUUUAUGGCGGUGACCGAGAGUGGACCAAUGUUUUUAAAAGCGGUUGAUUGUUCCGAUGAAACAAAAGAUAAACAUUUUAUUGCUAACUUGAUGAAGGAGGUUAUAAAUAAAAUUGGUCAUCAAAAGGUGGUUCAAGUAAUAACCGAUAAUGCUCCAAAUUGCAAAGAGACACGAUUUGCUUCUAUUAUUGUCAUGUUAAAAAGAUUUAAGCUUAUUCGACGUGGUCUUCAAGCUUUGGAUAUUAGUGAAAAAUGGUCACUUUAUCGAAAAGAUGACAUGACGAAGGCAAGUUUUGUAAAAUUGAAAGUGUUUGAUGAUCUUUGGUGGGACUCUAUAAGUUAUGCUCUUUCUUUCACUUCUCCCAUUUACGACAUGCUUAAAUUUUGUGAUACGGAUAAACCUUGCCUUCACUUGGUUUACGACAUGUGGGAUACAAUGAUUGAGAAAGUGAGAGGAAUAAUUUAUAGGAAUGAGAAAAAAGUUCAAGAAAAGGAAUCAUCAUUCUACAAUGUUGUUCAUCGAAUACUUGUAGAUCGUUGGAACAAAAAUAACACUCCACUUCAUUGCUUGUCUCAUUCCCUAAAUCCAAGGUACUAUAGCAAGGAAUGGCUUAAUGAGGAUCCCACUCGACUUGCUCCACAUAGAGAUGUAGAGAUUUCAAAAAGAAUAAAAUGUUUUAAGAGGUACUUGUCAGAUGAAGAGCGUAUUAUGGUGAAUAAGGAGUAUGCCAAAUUCUCAACUAUGGAAGAUGACUUUGGUGAUUUUGAAUCCAUCCAUGAUCGUUACCGCUUGGACCCAAAGACUUGGCGGGUUAUUUAUGGUGCUUGCACACCUAUGCUUCAAAGUUAUGCUUUGAAAUUAUUGGGGCAACCAUCUUCUUCAUCGUGUUGUGAGCGAAAUUGGAGUACUUAUUCCUUUUUGUACUCUCUUAAACGAAAUAAGCUAACUCCAAAACGUGCGGAAGAUUUGAUUUUCGUCCAUAGCAAUCUUUGUCUCUUGUCAAGGAGAAGUACGCAAUACUCACAAGGAGAGACUAAAAUGUGGGAUAUCAGUGGAGAUGCAUUUGAUACAUUUGAAGAUAUUGGUGUGCUUGAAGUCGCUAAUUUAUCUCUAGACGAACCGGAAUUGGAGGCGAUGGUAUUUGCUGAUGGAGAUGAAGAUGUUGAAGAGAUUCAAGAUGAAUGA